GUGUACAUACAGGCUGGUAGGCCUCCAGCGGGCUGCACGCCAAGCUGCUGUGUGUGCGUGUGUGUAUGCGUGCGCGCGUGUGUGUGUGUAACGAUGGAAAGACCAUAAGGACGUUUUCUAUAUGUUGUCGACAAGCAAGACAAUCCUGAAAAAUGGAGGGAGGACAUUUUGGCUACUCCCAAGACUAUCUUGACCGUUUUAUCCAAAGCCAAGACUCGUCCGUGGUGAACAAGUUCCAGCAGAAGUACUGGAAAACCAAGCAGACGCUCAUCAAGGUCACCGGGAAGAAAGAGGACGAGCAUGUGGUGGCGUCCGACGCCGACUUGGAUGCCAAGCUGGAGGUCUUCCACUCUAUCCAGAGAACAUGCAUGGAGCUGCUGAAGGUGAUUGAGCAGUACCAGAGGAGAAUCUGCAUCCUUUCCCAGGAGGAGAAUGAGCUGGGUCGUUUCCUGCGCUCCCAGGGCUCCCAGGAUAAGACCAGAGCUGGCAAGAUUAUGCAGGCCACAGGGAAAGCGCUCUGCUUCUCCUCCCAGCAGAGACUGGCUCUGCGGAACCCGCUGUGCCGCCUGUACCAGGAGGUGGAGACAUUUCGCUACCGGGCGAUCUCGGACACGUGGCUGACGGUGAAUCGCAUGGAGCAGUCCAGGACCGAGUACCGAGGAGCGCUGCUCUGGAUGAAGGAUGUGUCCCAGGAGCUGGAUCCCGACACUCACAAACAGAUGGAGAAGUUCCGCAAGGUUCAAGCCCAGGUGCGCACCACCAAAACCAGCUUUGACAAACUGAAAAACGACGUGUGCCAGAAAGUGGACCUGCUGGGAGCCAGUCGCUGCAACCUCCUCUCUCAUGUUUUAACCACAUACCAGACAACACUUUUGCACUUCUGGGAGAAGACAUCUCACACAAUGGCUGCCAUUCACGAAAGCUUCAAGGGCUGUCAGCAUUAUGAGUUCUCCACGCUUAAGAGCUUACAAGAUCCCAUGGACAAGCUGGCGAAGAAGAAGGGGAAGAAGAAAAUCAAAGCAAAGGCUGAAGACCGAGAGAAAGCCGAGACCACAGAUGGCCAACUCAUCGCGCUCGGAAAUGAAAACCCCACUGACGAGGGCAGAGAAGAACAGACUAAAGAAGGUUCUGGACAUGCACUUGAAGAUGGGGACGCAUGUAGCCAAAACACAGGAAAUGAGGAUCCUCUCUCAGCCUAUCUGGAGCAGGAGGGCGAGGAGAAGGACAGCAUGGCCCUGCUCAACGAAAUCCUGGGCGCUGCGUCUCUGGAUGAAGGCGAGUUCUCGCAGGAGUGGACGGAGGUGUUCGGAGAGAGGGAGGAGGCGACGGGCGCAGCGUCCGGCCGAGGGGCGCCGGCGGAGGCCCAGCAAAAGGAAACCUCCUUCUUUCUGCCGUCUCAGCUGCUCGACCAGAACUUGAAUAAUCUGCAGUCUUCCCUCUCAGAUUGGGCUAGAGGCAUUCCACAGCCCGUCUCCCAGGCAACGGAGCAAUCAUCUGGAGCCAAUCAGAACCCCUCUAGGCCUGCAGCAAAAGAGACGGCGGGGACGUCCAAAGACCUCUCGGCGUGGUUUAACCUGUUCGCUGACCUGGACCCGCUCUCCAAUCCCGACGCGGUCGGCAGAAGCGAUGGAGAGCACGAGCUUCACAACGCGUAGUCCUGAUGUCUCCUCACAGGGGUAGCGUCUUCAGGGGGCAGCUGUCCCAUCAACACCCCUCAUCGUUUCCAUUUUUGAGCAAAGACACGGGACUGCACUCUUGUACUUGUUAUUUCACUGGGGUUUAAUGUACUUUACAUCCUUUUUUUUUAAGCAUGGAUACCUCAGUAUGAGUUUGGAACAAUUAACCUCCUACAUUAGCUGCCUUGGGGAUGUGUUGAGUCUAAUAGCUUUUUUUCUUUCUUUCUUUCUUUCUGAGUCUCAGUACUCGUGACUACAAACAGGGAAAACUACUUUGCGAGUGUAAAGAGAAAAAAAAAACUAUCAAGGUCAUGUGCAAUAGUCCAUGUGUUUACUUACAAGGGCGAAACUAAGCAAGAAAGUUAAGGAAGUCACUGUUGUAUAAUUUAGUGUCACUGACAACUCAAAGCUGAUUUAUCACCAAGAAUUAUUUGCAGUUAUUUGACGCCAAUCUGUGUCACAUGAUCUGCGAGGGUACAAAAGGAUGAUACUGCAACCAAAGGACGUUUAAUUCUCGAAAAUGCAAACUCCUCAAGAUUCAUGCUUUAGUUUGUUUGCUGUAUGCUGUAGUUGUGAUGCCCUGUUGAAUACAUUUCAGAAAACCUCAUAAAUAUAUAUAUACACACACACAUCACUAAUAAUUUAUUAUUGCAUGUUGCAUGUAUUAUGUUUUUGUUAUCAAGUAAAGGUGUGACUGUGCGAGUAUAUUUCAAUUAGUGUGAUCUUUCAUCAAUAUUUUAAUUAUUUGGAUAUGUAAUUGUUUUGAAGUCAUGGUUGAUACAUGCAGUUUGAGGUCAAGUGUAUUGUUUUAAAAGAAAUGUCACAGAUCUUUUUCAAGAGGUUGGUAAUCACUUCAACAGGAUCGUAUUUUAUCAAUACUGACUACAAUGCUGCAUCAAGAGAAUAUAUACAGAAAUAAAUGCCUUAAUCUGAUGACUAGUCCACAACACUGUAUAGGACUUUGUCAGGGUCAUUAUUGGAUUGAUUUGGAUUAAUCAUAUUACAAGUAUUUAUUUAUAAAUAUUUGUGUAUUUAAACAUUGCUGUAACUCUGCCUUGUGAUAUUUUUGAUGUUCAAGCCAUGUGACUAACAUUUGUUAAUAUAUAAUCAUAACCAAAUAUAAUGACUGCCUUACCUUGACUUCUGUUUGUACAUGCCAUGAUUCUGAAUAGUCAUGUUAGCAGCGUACAGUGUGUGUGUGUCCGCCUAAGGCCUCGGAAAAGACGGCACACCAGC